AUGUCCAAAUCACAAGUACUAGAAGAUAUAUUCGAGGUGCAGGAAAAGGACCCCGAUGGCAAGAAGUUUGACAAGGUGAGCCGCAUCAAGGCGCGGUCUGACCUGUACGAGAUGGACCUGGUGCUGGACAUCAACGUGGACGUGUUCCCGGUGGAGGUGGGAGACAAGCUGGUGAUCUGCCUGGCCAACACGCUCAACCUGGACGGCACGCCCUCCAGCGCUACCUUUGACGCGUCGUUUGUGAGCGGCAAGCGCACCCUGAUGGACAACUUCGACUACGUCAUGCACGGCAAGGUGUUCAAGUUUAAGGACAACUCGUCCAGCGGGCAGCUCAAGGCAGACGUGUACGUGAGCUACGGCGGGCUGCUGAUGCAGCUGACGGGCGACCCCAAGCGGCUAGAGGACCUGGAUGUGGACCAGAACAUCUACCUGCUGGUGCGCAAGGUGUAGGCAUAGGCGGGGAGCCUGGGAGGAGGCCAGGCUGGCCUCCCCGCGGCGCCCGGCGGGCACGCCUGGAGCUGCUGCAGCCCUGCCACCGCCGCCUGGCGUGUAUUUACAUGGCCACAAGUUUUGCUCGCUUGCAACACAUUUGGUUACUC